AUUUAAGCUAUGUUUGGAUUGGCUUCUUGAAGCCCCAAACUCACGUUUUAUUCCUUUAAACUUAAAAGUGGUCUUAUUUUCUUGUUUGGGUUUUUUCUCCAAAAUCAAUUCUACUCUCCUAGAAGCAAUUCCAAUAGAAGCUACAAUUCCUAGCUUUUGAGGUUAGCAAGAAUCAAUUCUGCAUUUAUGAUAUUUUGGUUCUUACAAUUUUCCUUCAUUGCCCUCUUUAAUUUCUUUUCAACUGUUUCUUCUAUUUUCAAGCUACCAUACUCUCUACUUUCCAAUUUUCUGCUUUGUAUUAAUUCCUUCAUUACUCUCUUUGCUUUGUAUUAAUGAAUUUGGUAAACCAAAUUUGAUUAAGAUUUAUUACCUUCAAGUCUAUAUAUACACCAUCAUCUCUUACAACCAAAAAUACAAGGAAAAAUUCUACUCCAAGAAUAAGGGAUAAAUGAAUGAUCAGAAUGAGCAAUUGGACAACAAUAGAGAAGAAGAAGAUGGCAAUGAUGAUGAUGAUGAUGAAUUUUUUCAACAAGCUAGUUUUGUGGCUGCACUAAUUGGAGAAUACGCAGUAAGUCAAUUAUGCAAAGAACCAUGUAGAACUAGUGAAUUAAGCGGUCAUGCAUGGGUUCAAGAAAUAUUGCAAGGUAACUCCACUCGCUGUUAUGAGAUGUUUCGAAUGGAAAAACAUAUUUUUAAUUUGAUAUGCACUAAACUAGUUGAGCAUGGUUUAAAGUCUUCUAAAAGAAUGGGAGUUGAAGAAAUGGUUGCAAUGUUUUUAGUUGUUGUUGGACAUGGGGUAGGUAAUAGAAUGAUUCAAGAAAGGUUUCAACACUCAGGGGAGACUGUUAGUAGACAUUUUCAUCGGGUACUUCGUGCUUGUCUUAAGUUGUCUAUGAAAUAUAUUAAACCUGAAGAUCCUACAUUUCAUGAUUGUCAUUCAAAAAUAAAAAAUGAUCAACGUUAUUGGCCUUUUUUCAAGAAUGCUAUAGGAGCAAUUGAUGGUACUCAUGUGUCAUGUGUAGUUAAUGCCAACGAGCAAACCAGGUAUAUUGGAAGAAAGGGAUAUCCUACACAAAAUAUAAUGGCUGUAUGUGAUUGGAAUAUGUGUUUCACUUUUGUAUUAGCCGGUUGGGAAGGUACUGCCCAUGAUGCACGUGUUUUUGACCAAGCUCUCACAAAUGUGAACCUUAAUUUUCCACACCCUCCUCCUGGUUUGUUCUUUUUAUUACUACUAAUGAUUUUUUUUAUAAUAUUUGACUUCACUUUUAAAUGAUUAAUUUAUUUUUAUAGGUAAGUAUUAUUUGGUAGAUUCUGGCUAUCCAACACCAAUAGGAUACAUUGGUCCCUACAGAUGUGAACGUUAUCACCUUCCUGAUUUUAGGCGUUCUAACGGGUUCGCAAAUAAUAAUGAAGUAUUUAAUUAUUAUCACUCAAGUUUAAGGUGCACAAUAGAAAGAACUUUUGGAGUAUGGAAGAACAGAUUUGCAAUUUUGCGUUGUAUGCCCAAGUUCAAAUUUCAGACGCAGGUUCAAAUAGUCGUCGCAACAAUGACCAUUCACAACUUUAUUAGAAGGAAUGCGGAAAUUGAUGUUGAUUUUAAUCUUUAUGAAGAUGAAAAUACAACCAUUCACCAUGAUGAUUACCAUAUAUCGCCUAACUUAGAUCAAUCACAAGUUUUAAAUGCCGCUUCAUCAUUAGAGAUGGAUCACGUUCGCGACUCAA